AAAUGAUUUGCAUGUGCACGCUUGUGAACGUUUUCCACAUUUCGCGUGUUUCGCGCGGAGCAUUUGUACGGGAUGGUUCUGCAAGUGAUUUCAUGACUGAUUGUGACACCAAAUAAUCCUGAACACGUAAAGUGGACACACACGUGCAAUUGCGUUAGACAGUGUUCAAUUUGACGUACGUGAAUUCCUAAAUGGGAGAUGCCACUUGUCAUGUGGUAUUAGGCGAAUUUUCGAUGCCACUGUAAUUCUAAAAUUAUUCUAAUUGACUACAAUGUUUCGCACUCGGGGGAUUGCACGCUUGUUGUUGGAGAAGGAAGAAUUAGACGAUCGUUUGCUUACCAGUGAUCAUUCCGAAUGGUACUAUAUUGACAGGACCGCCGUAACUUCGUAUAUGCUAAAAAAAUUUCAUCAAUUCUACAUGGAUGAAGAUGUGGAAGAGUUUCUAAGCAAUUCUCUUGAAACCAGUAAUUCAUUAUGUUUACAGGUCUGUUAUGCACUUGUUACUUCGUUGUUGUCAAUGGUACUAACGAAAACAAGUAUUAAUGGUGUCCUACGUCGAGGUGGUAUGCAUCUUUUCUCCUUCAGUCAACUUCAAGAAUUUUUGGACAUUUCAGCUGAGUGGACCUUUCACGACAAAAAACUUCUGGAUUUGGGUGCUGGAGAUGGUCAGAUAACCGCUAUAAUGGCACGACUAUAUAGGACUGUUUCAGUUACAGAAGCUUCCAAGGUAAUGCAAUGGCGUUUGAAACAACGUGGAUUCAGAGUUGUUCCAGUGGAUAUCUGGCAUCAGUCUGGGACUUACCAUUUGGUUUCAGCGCUUAAUCUGCUAGAUCGUCAUUACAAUCCAUCUUUGUUAUUAGCUCAAUUACAUUCCAUAACUCUACGUUCAAAAUCUUUGCUGCUGUUGGCUGUUGUUUUACCGUUACAUCAAUACGUGGAAUUUCAUCCUACAAGUCGGACAAAUCGACCAGACAUAAAAAUCUCGAUCAAAGGCAGAACGUUCGAAGAGCAGGCAGGUUCAUUAGUAGCGGAUGUUCUGGAACCAGCAGGAUUUGAAUUGCUCAAAUGGGGCAAACUACCUUAUUUAAGCGAAGGAGAUGUUAGAAGGCCAUUUUACCAUCUUGAUGAUGCCGUAUUUCUGCUGAAACCAGUAAAUAUCAGUUCUGCUGGAAGCAGCUUCUCGAGUAUUCUUAAAAAUAAUUCGAUGUCGAAUCGCGAUUUCACUUCGCUUUAAUCACUUCUAAUUACAGUUUUAAACUCAAUAAAAUCUCUUUUAA